CAUCGAUCAGCCACAAUGUCGAGCUUCAGCAUUUCUGCAAAGUCUCGCCUUUCCUGUUCGCUUGACUCAGGAAGCAAAACACUGCAGCAUGCAAAAGCGAAAGCAGACCCAGGAAGGGCUGAACAAGGCAGGGAUGAGGAGGCCGGAGCCUGGCAAAUCCUCAUUGUUCAGACACAGGCAGGGAUCAGCUGUGCAGCCCAGACAGCAGUAGCAGAACAAGUAAGGAAGAGAAUCUGCAAAGAGGAAGCAGCAAACUACAAGUGCAGCCGCAAAAGUAGGCCGAGAGGAACUGCUGCCGAAGUGUUGAGCCUUUUCAUAAACUUGACAGCUUUGUGCAGCCGUCUGCGUCCAAUUUGCAUCCGUUCGGGGGCAGCAGGAAAAAGUUUUUCCAUGGCCGGCGCAGGAGAGGAAGCUCUGCUACCCUACGAUGGCAAGUGUGACGCCUGCGAACCCGACGAGGCCAAGGACGCCGCGGUCGUUUGCGAAGAGUGCGCAUUUUCCUACUGUGACACCCACGCCGAGGAACACAGAACGCAAUACGCCGGCCACAGGCUCACGGAUAUCGCGGAGAUCUUCGCUGUGGAACAAGCGACCGCGGUUAAAGAGCCGGAGAAGGACGACAAGCAGAAGCAGGUGUCGGACAGGAAGAACUGUCCCUUGCACAAGCAGGAGCUGAGCCUGUACUGCAAAGAGGACUCCAAAAUCAUCUGCGUCUUGUGCGCCGUGGCCGGGGACCACCGCCAACACCAGCUGAUCACGCUCAACGAGGCCUAUCAGGAAAUGAAGAAGAGAAAGCCCGUUGACCUGAAGCUGGCCAUGGGGGACAUGGUGGAGAAGCUGAAGGAGAAGCUCCUCAACCCCAACAUAUCACGCAGCAACCUAAAGACCUUCAUCCAGAAGGAGUUUGACCACAUGAAGCAGCUGGUAAACGAGGAGGAGAAGAGGGCCCUGCACUUCGUGGACCUCCAGGAGGCCGUGGCCUCGGCCCAUGUGACCGAAGUCCUCGCCGAGCUCAACGUCCACAUGGGCAAAUUAAUGACGGAAAUGGCGGAGAUCACACGGCAGCUCAACAGCUUUGAUCAACUGGUAAUGGAGAAACCGGAGAACCCAGAUGGAGACUCGGGGGAUGACGAGUCUGGACCCCAGGCAGCCGCAGGGGGAGCCUCCAAAUCGCGCUUUCAGAGCCCUCCGCCAGGCAAUGGUCCAUGGUGAAGGAAAACGACAAUCAUACAGAACCUAUAGG